GUGAAUCUGGAUCAUCAUCAUCAUGAAGUCGAAUCCAUCAGUAUCACCAGUACUAUCAAACACGGUCUUCAAAGAUGAUAUCUUUCGUGGUAAAGUCUUAUUUUGCACAGGUGGUGGAACUGGGAUUUGUAAGAAAAUGGUAGAAGCAGUCAUGAGACACGGAGCAUCUGCAUUCAUCUUUGGUAGACGUGAAGAAGUACUAUCAAAAACCUGUGAAGAAUUAAUCAAUUCAACUCAACAGAAAUGUUCAUUUUCAUCUGGAGAUGUUCGAAAGAUUGAAUCACUUCAAUCUGCUGUUGAAAGUUGUAUCAAAGAAUUUGGUAGAAUCGAUUUUGUCAUUGCUGGUGCAGCUGGAAACUUUUUAUCUUCAAUCGAUCAACUUAGUGUGAAUGGGUUUAAAUCGGUCAUUGAAAUCGAUCUGCUUGGAACUUAUCACACAAUGAAGGCGACGUUGCCGUAUGUCAAAAAGACAGGCGGAAGUUUUAUAAGCGUCUCAGCAACAUUACAUUACGUCGGUACUCCUUUUCAAGCCCAUGUCUCCGCGGCCAAAGCUGGUGUAGACGCUUUAUCACAGGCAAUGGCUGUGGAGUUUGGUCCUUUUGGGAUCAGAUCUAACGUGAUUGCACCAGGUCCUAUAGCAGAUACUGAAGGGUUCUCGCGACUUUCAACUUCUGAAACUAGGAAAACAAUGGCUCAAGGGAUCCCUUUACAACGAUUUGGUAGUCGAGAUGAUAUUGGAAACACUACUGUUUUCUUAUUCUCGCCAGCUGCUUCUUUCAUCACAGGAACUAUCAUAGUUGUUGAUGGUGGAGAAAACCAUUUAAGAUCGACUACUUCACUUGGAUCAUAUUAUCCUAAAACCUUUUUACAAAAUGAUGGAGAAGAGUUUUCAAAACUUGUUAGUAAAUUAUAGGUUGAUGAUAUAUAAUAUAUAAAGUGGGAUGUACUCUCUCUCUUUCUGUAUAAAGAUAUCUUCAUCCAGCAAUAAGUAAGGGGUUUUUAUCCAAAAGGACCAAGUCUUUUUUCCGUUUGAUCAAAAUGUCAAUGCCUUCCUUUGAAUCAUGGUGAUGAUCUGGCAUUUGAUUUUUUUGGUUCUCUGUACUCUGAUACAUCCAAGCACGUAGUUUUCAAAUGAGAGUCUUUGUAUUUCAUCUUGUAUGUCAUUCAUUUUAGUUGUUGUAAUGCUUCAUGUACUCAUAUUGAUUAAGUAUGAAGCCGGAGUUGAGUCACAAUUGACGUUUUGAGAAAGCAAAAUCUAAAAAUUCAG